AUGUCAGAUGUUCCAUUUACUACCCCUGCCGCUGAGUCUGGUUCAUUCAUGACUGUCACUUCAGCAAACCACUUUGAUAAGCAGGCUGAUUUCACAGAUCACGUCGUCUCCUCGCUGCAUCGAAACAGGGAGUAUCAUGAGUUCAUAUUCAACGAUGUGCCUCCCUCGUGGGCGGACGCUGUGUAUCAGCAUAUUGAUGAGAUAAUCCCCUCUCGGAAAAGCUACAACAGUGAAAGCCGCGAGCUGCGAAUCAGAGUCAAACCAACCGAGAUACUCGACUGUAUCCAGCCGUGGUUGUUUAAACAACCGCUUAACUGGCUUUUGAAUGGGGAUAUCACCCUACAAGAAGUGGAGCUGUUUGAUCCAGGAGUCGGCACUACCCUUUUCUUCAAAUCCGGCCCAUAUAGCGGCUCCUGGAAGGAACCUGACUUCUUUUUCCGACCUAACAAUCUUAUUCUACCAACUACUGCGGUAGAAUCUGGCUGGAGCGAGUCCAAGGAACUACUUCGUAACGGCAUGGACCUGUCGCUAGUCGGUGGCAAUGGCUCCAUUAAUGUUGUUAUUAUCGUCCAAUGGACAAGACUACAAGAACGCGUCUCGGGGACUGUUGAGCUCUUCGUCAGAGAUAAGAAUGGGAUGCCGACACUCCAGCAGAGCGAGCCCAUAUUCCCCCGCCCUGCAGCUCCCAACAACCUCUCGAUCAAAAGACGUGACCUUUUCGGCCCAGCGCUGGUGCCAGGCCGUAACGGCAAUGACACCCUAUACUUAGAUCUCGAGCGAUUGCGCAAUUAUGCGACCAGAGGCCUCGGCUUUAUGAAUCUCGUUCCCUCUUAG